AUGACCAGAGGCGCCUCGCUGGGCAUGAUGAACCUCCUCAGUUACCUUUUUGUUUAUCGCCGGCUUCUUCUAGUAGUUUUCGCCCUGUUGAUUUUCCUGCCCCUGCCCAUUCAGCUUGGCACCAAGGAAGCAGAAUGUGCGUACACCCUCUUUGUUGUUGCAGUAUUCUGGCUCACAGAAGCAUUGCCUCUGUCAGUAACAGCGAUGCUGCCGGCUUUAAUGUUCCCCGUGCUUGGGGUCAUGCCUUCAAAAACGGUGGCAUCUUCUUAUUUCAAAGACUUCCACCUACUGUUAAUUGGAGUCAUCUGUUUAGCAACAUCCAUAGAAAAAUGGAGUUUACACAAGAGGAUCGCUCUGAGAAUGGUGAUGAUGGUGGGUGUGAACCCGGCAUGGCUGACACUGGGGUUCAUGAUCAGCACUGCCUUCUUAUCUAUGUGGCUUAGCAACACCUCCACUGCUGCCAUGGUGAUGCCCAUCGUGGAGGCUGUGGCACAGCAGAUCAUCAGUGCUGAAGCAGAGGUGGAGGCCACUCAGAUGACUUAUUUCAAUGGAGCGACCAACCCUGGAUUGGAACUUGAUGAAAAUGUUAAUGGACAUGAAAUAAAUGAGAGGAGAGAGAAAACAAAGCCAGCUCCAGGAUGCUCUACUGAUGAAGGCAAAAUUUCAGACAAGACGGAAGUGGAAAAGACCUCAAUUACAACAACCAAAUAUAGAACAAGGAAAAACCACAUGAUGUGCAAACUUAUGUGCUUGUGCAUUGCGUAUUCUUCUACUAUCGGUGGUCUGACCACGAUCACUGGCACCUCCACCAACUUGAUCUUCGCCGAGCAUUUCAAUACGCGCUAUCCUGACUGCCGCUGCAUCAACUUUGGGUCCUGGUUUAUGCUUUCCUUCCCAGCUGCUCUCAUCAUUCUCCUCUUGUCCUGGAUAUGGCUUCAGUGGCUCUUCUUGGGACUCAAUGUGAAGGAGAUGUUAAAAUGUGGCAAGACCAGAACAGCCAAAGAAAAAGCAUGUGCCGAAGUGAUUUACCAGGAAUACAAAAAACUGGGGCCAUUAAGGUAUCAAGAAAUUGUGACCCUGGUCCUGUUUGUUCUCAUGGCUGUGCUGUGGUUUAGCCGAGAUCCUGGGUUUGCUCCUGGUUGGUCUGUGCUUUUCUCAGAGUAUCCAAAUUUUGCUACUGAUUCAACGGUUGCCUUACUUAUAGGACUCCUAUUCUUUAUUAUCCCAGCCAAGAGACUAACUAAAACUAAACCCACAGGAGAAACUGUUGCUUUUGAUUACUCUCCACUGAUUACUUGGAAAGAAUUCCAGUCAUUCAUGCCCUGGGACAUAGCCAUUCUUGUCGGUGGAGGGUUUGCCCUGGCAGAUGGCUGUCAGGUGUCCGGGCUCUCCCAGUGGAUAGGAAAUCAAUUAUCUCCUUUAGGUUCCUUACCGGUGUGGCUGAUAAUUCUGAUCACUUCUUUGAUCGUUACAUCUUUAACAGAGGUAGCCAGCAACCCAGCCACCAUAACUCUCCUUCUCCCAAUAUUAUCUCCAUUGGCUGAAGCCAUUCAAGUGAACCCUCUUUAUAUUUUGAUACCGUCUACUCUGUGUACUUCAUUUGCGUUCCUCCUACCUGUUGCAAACCCACCCAAUGCUAUUGUUUAUUCAUAUGGACACCUCAAAGUUAUUGACAUGGUUAAGGCUGGACUUGGUGUGAACAUUGUGGGUGUUGCUGUGGUGAUGCUUGGCAUGUUCACCUGGAUUGUACCCCUGUUUGACCUCCACACUUAUCCUGCUUGGGCUCCUGUGGUGAACAAUGCGACCCUGCCAUGACCGGCGAUAUCAUUUGAUCCUCUGGUGAGUGAUGGAGCCAUUGCAAAUUCACUGCACAAUUUGGCUCUGGAUGACUAAGACAUUCAAAUCAUACCUGGUAUAGCUUUGAUGGUCCAGAGAGACCCACAAUCAAAACUCAAUUGUCCAUAUCUGCUUUGAGAUACAACCUAAUCACAUUCUACGUGUUUUCCUCAAGAAUUUUGGGAUUGAGAUUUUGCUUGUGGACCAUAUACAUCUUGCUGUAUUAACAAUUUGAACUUUGAAUUGAUUAAAACAUUUGAUUCAUCCUAAAGGUUCAGCUGAACAUUUCAAACUUUAUCUUAUUUCAGAAACUCCCUAGGAAACUAGAUGGAAGAGUUGAAAUACUUAAAUUAAUUAGUAUCUGGGGAAAUAUUUUCUGUCAUUUCUCAAAGGGAGUUUUCUGGAAAAACUAAACAAAACAACAACAACACAAACUAAUGCCUUGGUCAGUCAUCUGGUGGUGCAGAUAAAACCAUUAGUGUAAAUUAACUCUGAAUACCCUAAUUUUAAAAUACCCCAUUCUUAGUAUAUAAAUAAUAUAAAAUUAAAAAUGGAAGUAGUAGUUCUAAUAGGAUAGCUGAGUUCUAACCGCAAAACAACAGAAAACUCAUAGAUUAGAAUUCAUUUCUCAUUGACCAUAUGGCUGGAUUAAUUUAAUAUAAUUCAUACCUUCAUGAGUUUAGUGUGCUAAGAAAUGCAUUUUGUAAAGGUUUGAUAUGAUUUGGAUUAUUGACACAGUACAGAUAAAAAGGAAAACUAAACUCUGUUGAACUAUUAACACAUUUCUGUUUAUGUGUAAUAACUUUGCUAACAUGUCUUAUUUUUGAAAUUCAUAUAUGUUACAAAAGGAGAUACAGAAAAUGUAAAUGAAUUAUCAUUGCAUAUUUAGAGCCAGAAAAAGUCAUUAAACUGUUAUAUAAAAAUUGAAAUGGAAGUUCAGGAACAAAAUAAAGAAUAAAGUAAGGUCUGCAGUACUCUUGGGUAACCAUUGGACUGUUAACCACAAGAUGAGCAGUUCAAAGCCACCAGCCACUCUGUGGGAGAAAGAUGAGGCUACUUACUUACAGAUUUUGGAAACCUUGUACUGGGUUACUAUGACUCAGAAUUGUUUCCAUGACAAUUGGUUUGGAUUUUAAAUUGGUAUUUUAUAUUAAGUUAGAGGAAAAAUAGGAAUUGAGAACAAAACAACGUAUGCAAGUAAGAAAAGUUUGAGAGACUAGAACACAGAAAUUCCCAUAAAAUGGAAGACAAGGUUUAAAAAAUACUUUGCUCAUUUUAAUCUUUAUUGGCACCUUUUUACAGAUAUUAGACCUUUGGGGCAAAUAAAAUAACUUGUAACAUUA